CCCUGUAUCACGGAAGCGAAGAACACACGGAUAAACAGCAUAAAUAAUCAAUAAACAUGAGCUCACUAGUCGGAUAUGGAGUCUCAUCUGAUUCGGAGAGUGAAGAGGAGCCGGAGAUCAGAUCAGCACGGCCCGAGAGGGAGAACGAAACCCAGACAGGAGAAAACAAAACACGUAACUUCCUGUUGGAAUCUGGCUCAACCUCUGGCGAGUCCAGUUCCGAAUCCGAGCUGGACGAGGAGCAGGAGGAACCGACUCCUCCGAACGAACACCCGCCCUCGAAGGCCUUACCCGCUCCGUCUUUCACUUCCUCCUCUCAUAAACUGCCCCCUCCUGCACUGGGGGUGUGUGGUGUUCCAGGGGGCAGCAGCGUGUUCAAUAACCCGUUUAAGGAGCGAGCCGCGGAGAGACUGAACGCCCUGCAGAAACACGUCCCGCUCACCCUGCACGCCCGGCCCACUCACAUCGGGGGUAAGAAGGUCUGUGUGGCCUACAGGAAAGAUGGACGCUGUCGUUUCGGCAUCGGCUGCAAGUUUGCUCACGACAGCGACCUGCAGGGCGCCGCCGGACCCCCCGUCUCUCAGAACACACACGCUCCCGUGAACGGCGGCGCCGCACACACUCCGGACUGCAGAGAACCGGGUACAGAGAGAGACGACGAGGACGAGAACCGGAACAGGAAGAAGAAGCACAAAGUGGGAAUUACUGACAGUCUCGUACCCCCGAAACGGGCGCUUAAACAGUACGCCAUGCAGAGGGACAAAGUCACACACUUGUAGAGAAUCAAAGCUCCAUCUUUAGCACUUUGUUGCUGUACAUGGUGUAUUCGGUUUCUUCAGAUGUAAAAGUUUGAUUAAUCUGUCCCAUAAUGUGUUCCUCUGUUUAAAUGUUAGACGUCACAUUACUAGCCUUCUGUGAAUUUCUUUUGUUUCCUUGACCUUAGCUGAGACGUCCACGGGUCUUAACGUCACUGGUUCCAGACCCACAUCUGCCAGUUUGUCACUGUUGGGCCCCUAAGCAAGGGCCUUAACCCAUCAAUUGCUUGCAAUGUAUACAGUCUCAAUUGUAAGUCGCUUUGGAUAAAGGCGUCUGCUAAAUGCUGAGAAUGUAAAUGUUUCAGGUUACUAUUUGGAGAUAAUGCUCUCACCGUGGUUCAUUGGAGUCCCAGAGCAUCAAUAAUGCCAGAUUGAAACAUUAUGACGUCCAAUUGUUUCCUUAAAUGUGGGCAUAUUAUUCCUGUAGAAACUUUAAGAUGACAGUUGAAUACAACGAUGAGCCAAAGCAAUGGGGGUGAGAGUUCCAUUAGAUGAAGAUGAAACUCCAGAAGAUUUAAUCCUGCUGAUGAGGUGAAUGUGGCACAACACGCAGAGCAUCGAACCCUUCUGAGCACCAGACCGUGUGGUCGUCUAAAACUCUUACAAUGAGCACGCAGGCAUCAGAACUGGACAUCAGAUUAAGGGAGGGUCAACUGGUCUGAUGAAUCCAGUUAUCACCAACAGUGGGACGAUGCACCUUGCAAUGUACAGAAGCCAAAGGAGCUGGUGGUAACCUGGUACCAGAUACCACAGGAGUCCGUCAGAUGUCUUGUAGAGUCCAUGUCUCGGUGGGUCUAAUCUGUUUUGACAACCUAUCAGGUGGGCAGGCGGUCCUAAUGUUUUGGCUCAUCAGUGUGUGAGCGCAGGCGGUCCUAAUGUUUUGGCUCAUCAGUGUGUGAGCGCAGGCGGUCCUAAUGUUUUGGCUCAUCAGUGUGUGAGCGCAGGCGGUCCUAAUGUUUUGGCUCAUCAGUGUGUGAGCGCAGGCGGUCCUAAUGUUUCGGCUCAUGAGUGUGUGAGCGCAUGCGGUCCUAAUGUUUCGGCUCAUCAGUGUGUGAGCGCAGGCGGUCCUAAUGUUUCGGCUCAUGAGUGUGUGAGCGCAUGCGGUCCUAAUGUUUCGGCUCAUCAGUGUGUGAGCGCAGGCGGUCCUAAUGUUUUGGCUCAUCAGUGUGUGAGCGCAGGCGGUCCUAAUGUAAAAACAAUAAAUCACAAACAUAAAGACGGCUUAAUCUGA